AUGUCUACAUUAAAAGCGGUCUCAUUUCCAGCGAUAAAGAAUAUUCUUCUUUUGGAUUCUGAGGGAAAGCUUGUGGCAGUCAAAUAUUUUUCAAAUGACUGGCCAAUAAACAAUGCGAAGCUUGCUUUUGAGAAGUUUGUCUUCACUAAGACCGUUAAGACCAAUGUUCCUAGGGUUCCUUAUGUUUUUGUGUAUCUGCUUGAUUUGGCAGUCGUGGUCUUGCUUAGUAACUACAACACCAUAGUCAAUAGUGCAAAAGAGAAUCAAUUACAUGGUGAGAGUUCAUCAUAUGGUUGGCUCUACUCUCAACAAACUAUACCUGCUCAUAGCAUCCAGGACCCUGCAGUUCAAGAACCAAUAUCCAAAACGCACAUUUCAAUGCAGGCUGAGAAAAUGAAAGCUUCCAAGAAGCAAUGCACAAAUGAGAGUAAAAUGCCAAAAUCCAACAAGUCAGAAGCAUCUAAGGAUCCUCAAAGUGUUGCUGCUAAGAAUAGAAAAGAGGGGAUAAGUGAGAGGCUCAAUAUACUACAAGAACUAGUUCCCAAUGGCUCCAAAGUUGAUUUGGUUAUAAUGCUGGAGAAAGCAAUUAGCUAUGUGAAGUUUCUUCAGCUUCAAGUGAAGGUGUUAGCAGCUAAUGAAUUUUUGCCUGUUCAAGGUGGAAAAGUUCCUGAUAUCUCUCAGGCAAAAGAAGCCAUUCAUGCCAUUCUUUCAUCCCAAAGAUUAGAGAAACAAGUUCAACAACCUCAAAGUAGAUGAUGAUGAUCAUCAUCAUGGAUAUUCCAUGAAUACUAUAUAUAGUGUCAUAAUUAAAUAAUUGAAGAAUAACUUUAGCAGAAGAGCAAGAAAAGCCUUGCUCUGAUGAGAGUUGGUCGUUCUGAAGGGCAUUUUAGAAAUUCAGAAUGCA